AUGACGAAAUUUUUAACAUUUUGUACACGUAUUGACUUUCUCUUAAUUGUCGUUGUACUUAUGUCAAUGAUGGAAUUAUCUCGAGCCGUAGCUCCCUCACGGAAUCUUCCUCAAACUGAUAUGACUGUCAAUGAUAAUGAUAAUGAUGAUGAUGAUGAUAAUUCUGAUGUACAAGAACAACAACGAAUAUAUGAUUUAAAUAAGUUAAGACAUUUUCUAUUGACAUCAAAUGCUGAACAACGCGCUGCCAGACGAAAACAACAAGAUUUUGUCAAACAAGAAUUAAUCCGUGAAUAUCUUCAAUCAUUAUCUGAUCCAGAUCUUAAUCGAUUUCAAGAAAUAAAAAAACGUUUCAAGACCUACUGUAACUCCUAUGAAGAUCUAAUGAAUUCCAAUUGGGCAGCAUGCGGCUGA